UUCUUUUUCGCAGAUCGUAUAAAGCCGCUGGACUGCACAGGGGGAGAACAACCGGAGGAGAAGCAUUGUUUUCCUUUUUUUUUUGACAGGAUGAACAACAGUUUCUUAAACAUGGCGUCGAUAGGCGACUUCGACCCGCUCAACGCGUCUAUCCCUGCCACCAAAGUUGAAAUCACGGUGUCCUGCAGGAACCUGCUGGACAGGGACACCUUCUCCAAAUCAGACCCAAUUUGUGUUCUCUACGCACAAGGCAUGGGCAACAAGGAGUGGAGAGAGUUUGGAAGAACAGAGGUGAUUGACAAUACGCUAAACCCAGACUUUGUGCGGAAAUUCAUUUUGGACUACUUCUUUGAAGAGCGGCAGAACCUCCGAUUUGACUUGUACGAUGUUGACUCCAAGAGUGCCAACCUAUCAAAACACGAUUUCCUGGGCCAGGCCUACUGUACUCUCGGAGAGGUGGUUGGUUCGUUGGGCAGUCGCUUGGAGAAAGCUCUGGGAGGGAUCCCUGGGAAGAAAUGCGGGACCAUUAUUGUGAAAGCAGAGGAGCUGAACAACUGCAGGGAAUCGGUGAUGAUGCAGUUCUGUGGGAACAAGCUGGACAAAAAGGAUUUCUUCGGCAAAUCUGACCCUUUCCUGGUCUUCUACCGGAGCAACGAGGACGGCACGUUUACCAUCUGCCAUAAGACCGAGGUGGUGAAGAAUACGUUGAACCCUGUGUGGCAAGCCUUUAAGAUCUCCGUUCGGGCUCUUUGCAACGGUGAUUAUGACAGAACCAUAAAGGUUGAGGUGUAUGACUGGGACAGAGAUGGCAGUCAUGACUUUAUCGGAGAGUUCAGCACCAGCUAUAGGGAACUGUCCAGAGGGCAGAGCCAGUUCAAUGUGUAUGAGGUGGUUAAUCCAAAGAAGAAAGGAAAGAAGAAAAAAUACCUGAACUCUGGAACGGUGACACUACUGUCUUUCCUGGUGGACAUCGAAGUCACCUUCCUUGACUACAUCAAAGGAGGGACCCAGAUUAACUUCACCGUGGCCAUUGAUUUCACAGCUUCCAAUGGUAACCCAGCCCAGCCCACCUCACUCCACUACAUGAGUCCCUACCAGCUGAACGCCUAUGCCAUGGCCCUGAAGGCAGUUGGGGAGAUCAUCCAGGACUACGACAGCGACAAAAUGUUUCCUGCACUGGGCUUCGGAGCCAAGUUACCGCCUGACGGACGAGUCUCCCACGAGUUUGCUUUGAAUGGGAAUCCUCAGAACCCAUACUGUACAGGUAUCGAAGGUGUGAUGGAAGCCUACUAUCAGAGUCUGAAGUCUGUUCAGCUCUACGGCCCCACCAACUUCUCCCCUGUCAUCAACCACGUGGCCAGGUAUGCAGCUUCAGUUAAAGAUGGCUCCCAGUACUUUGUGCUCCUCAUCAUCACUGAUGGCGUCAUCUCAGACAUGGCACAGACCAAGGAGUCCAUUGUUAACGCAGCAUGUCUGCCAAUGUCAAUCAUCAUUGUGGGGGUCGGACCUGCGGAAUUUGAUGCCAUGAUUGAGUUGGACGGAGAUGAAAUCAGAAUUUCAUCGAGAGGACGAUAUGCUGAGCGAGACAUCGUUCAGUUCGUCCCGUUCAGGGACUACAUCGACCGGACGGGGAACCACAUCUUGAGCAUGGCCCGGCUCGCCAAAGAUGUCUUGGCCGAAAUCCCUGACCAGUUCCUCUCCUACAUGAGGACCCGUGGGAUCAAGCCGUCACCCGCACCACCUCCCUAUACGCCGCCGGGCCAACCACUCCAAACUCAGAUUUGAAGUGCGAUGCAGAGAAGUUUUUUUUUUUUUUGAGCCAGGGGUUUCACUUAACUGACUUAACUGGCUCAAAAUACUUCCAUUUCCUUGAAGCCGCUCUCCAUGCCUUGACGUCGUAGGUCACGUUGAUCUUUCAUGUGUUCGGGAAGCUGGAUAUCGGGCCAAUAGAGUGAUGCUUUUGAGUACAGGAAAAGCCAAUGAGAGUCUGUUUACUUCCACCACUGUCAAGCAUUCCUGUUAUUGUCUGGAUUUUUUUUCUUUUUUACUUGACUGGGAAAUUUGGUCAGGCUUUGGGAGUUUGUGAAGUUUGGAAUCAAGGAGGGAAUACAUUUUUGUCUGCCUGGAUCCACCUUGUGAAGUGAGGAAGAAAAGGAAUGAAGGAGCGACCUUUAGAAACACUGUAGAGAGAAUGUCUCCAGACAAAACAAAGGAAUCACUGAUCUUAACUGAUCCUGUAAAUAUCUGGACAUCUCUCUCUCUCUCUCUCUCUCUCUCUCUCUCUCUCUCUCUCUCUCUAUCUCUCUCUCUCUCAGAUAACUCAUUGUUUACAGUAAAUGCAGACAAGGAUUUCUACUGUUGAUACUUUUAUAUUCACAUUGUUUCAAUACGAAGCUUGUAAUUCUCUCUAAUACUCUCCAAUGUAAUUUUCUCUCUCUCUUUCUCUCCCUCUCCCUCUCUCUCUCUCUCUCUCCUGGCGUGUGUCAGGUAGCAGCAGUGCAGGUCCUGGUAGCCCUUCUGUACCGUACCGUACCGUACCGUACUGUACUGUAUUCUAGUGUUUGUAUUAACCUUUUGCAUGGGUGUAGCCUCAGUCAAGUGCAUGCAUUUAGUGGCCCUGCACUACCUCUUCUUCUCACAUCUGUCCGACUAUCUGUACGCCUGUAGAGAGGGUGAGUGUCUGUCUCUCAGUUUGUCACUUCGCCCUGUCUGUCUGCACUGCUCUCAGGCCUGUCUGUCUGUCAGUCACCUUGUAACUUAUCUUCUUCCUGUCUAUCUCUCUCUCUCAAUCUUUCUUUCCUUUCUUUUAUGCCUUUGUCACUUUUACUUGCUGUAUUCCCAUGCAACAGCUUAGGAGGUUUCCCAGAGAUGUGAUGGCCCUGUAUGAGGGUAUUAUAUGUAGCAUAUAUUGAUUGUUGAAGGGGAACACAGCAACUCUUUUUCCGUCUCUGUCUCUGUCGUUCAAACUGCCUUGGCAAUAGGAUGCCCACAUGCCCCAGGGGUUUUGUCUCAUCACGUCGUCUUAACACCCACGUCCCUGGCCCUUUUUUAAAACGACAGCAGCUGCUCUCAAAUGGGAAACUGUUUGAGCAAAAAGAGCCCAGUGGUCAAAAAUGCAAAGAAAAACACAGUUUCCCUAUGUUUGCUUUUUUGUGCCAUUUUUUUGGGAUGUGUAUUUUUAAAUUGCACCUUUGAUAUAGCUUUUUUAUAUGUUUUUUUUUAUGACGUGUACUUAUACGUGCCAAUCAUAUGUAAAAGGAUGAUUUGUGUAAUGUCACACAAUGUCCCACAACUUUAUAAUUUAAGGAGUGAUCGUUUUUCUGUAUGGUGUUAAAUGAAGAAUGAGAUUAUAACAUAAGUGUGCUGAAGUGAUGAGUGAUCGUGAAUCUGUGUAUGAAUAAAUGGAGUAUUUAUAUUAAGACAACAAGAGAUGGAAUGUUAAAGUCUUAACAAAAAGUAGUAAUGAAGGAACAUUUUAUCAUUAAUAUGUGAAUUACUGUGCAGCAAGUGAUGGUAUCAUUGCAAAACAGGAUUUUACUACAUUUUACUACAUACACUCACUUCAUGUUAUCAAAACUUAUUCGAUAAGCAUUUUGAAAAGCGAACUAAAUUCUUUGCAGGUGAUAUUUUACACCUUAAAUUUCAAAGACAAGUAACAGCUCAUCGAACACUGUUGAUUAAUGAAUUUGUUACACAUACACUGUGUAAUACAUAAACCACACAUUUUAGUGAUAUUAAAUCAAAAUUUCUAAUUAUACAUUAUGAUAUUAUAAUAUAUAAAAUAAAAUGUAAUGCUAUAUUUUAUUUUGUAUGAAUUACUGAAAACGCUUUUGACAACUACUUCAUCCAAAAACUAACCCCGACGUCUUAUAAAAGACGAGCUGCACCAACGUCUUAACAGGUCUAAUUUUUACCAUAUUCAUUAUCCACAGACAAGAUUUCCCAGAUCUUUGGUUGGUAAACAAUAAUCUGCGUAGUCGGAUUAUCCAUCUUCCUUUGUUAACUUCUUACUGAUUUUGUAGCUCCUGCCAUUGGUCAGCAAACUGAUAAAGUAAUGUCAGACGUAGCAAUAUCUAGGUAAAUUUAAUGAUCACAUCAGACUAUCAAAGCUUUUUCUCUUCAUGACAUGAUAAUUGGCUGCACAGAUUCAAUCCCAGGACUCACAAACAGCCUAGAUUUAAUAUCUUGCCGAGGUAUUUGAACAGCAUACUACCUCCUAUUUCUAGCUACAUGUUCUUCAGUGAACACUAACUUAAUACUUCCGCUUUUAUUACAUUCUCAGUUCACCAAAUCCCUGCACAAGGCUUGUUGACAAGGACAGAACACAGUAUGAGAGCAGAAAAAAUACAUAAAUUCUUGAAUUUCAUUCACAACUGAAUACUUAAUUAUAAAAUUAUUAUGCAAUACUUAAGAUUUAAAUUUUGAUCCCACUGAUGUGGAACAGAAAUUACAAAUUUUCCUACUUUUAAAAGUAUGUACAUUUAUAUGGUUUGGAUUACCCUCUUAUCUCUUUUAGGUAAUUUAAGCUUUGUAUGUUUUUAUUAUUUCUCUUGUUCACAAAUGAGAAAUAUUCGUUAAUGCGUUUAUUCCAGUGACUUAAAUUAUAUUGGUGCAAGUUGAUUCGAAUCAAGCUGCUGAAAUUGGACUGGAGAAAUUCAAACAGAAAAAUUUCAAAGGAAAAUUUUACACCAAGGCUUACCAAUGGCAAUCAGUCAAUCAUAUCCAUUCAUAUGAUCAGAGGGACUAAAACAAAUUUCCUGAAAAUUGCGAAAAUAAGACAAUUGCACACCUCUAAAAAAGGUUCAUGUAAAUAUGGGUUCAAAAUGAAAACAUAUCGAAGCUGUCAGAUUUGAGAUAUGGUAUAUUUUGAAAUAAAAUUCAGUAUCAACAUUUAUUCAGUUGCGUAUCAAAAUAAGAAUGUAUUGGCCUUAUUUGCAGCAGAUAUACACACAGACACAAAUUGCUACUCUAUUAAUAAGUGUAUGUUUGUGGUGGUCUGCUUAGUGUCAACAAUAAUACGUAAUUAACUUUUUUUUUUAUGUUUUAUACACAUUUGUUUGUGCAACAGUUCAAUAAGCUUACUAAGCCCAUGAAGAAGAGAGUGUGUAUAUGUGUGUGUCUGUUCUUUUAGAUGCAAGUAUGAUUUGGACGCAUAUGCUUCUGAAUGUGUGUGCGAUUGUUUGUGUUUGUGUAUGUGCUUUAUAAGAGAGUUUUAAUAUACCAUGUGAGGUUACACAUCGGAUUUUUGUUUACUAAAGCUAUCCAAAUAACAUAUUGUAUGCUCGUCAUAUCUUCUUAACAACGUGCACUAUGUUUGCAUGGGCAGUUUUACAAAGGAUGCACCAGUUCCUUUUGUUAAAAACUGAGUGUUUUGAAAUGUAAAACUAUGUAUGAAAAUGACCUGUACAAAAUUGCCUUAAAUCUUUCACCAAUUUUUCUCUGAAUUGUGCGAUGCCUUCUUCAGAAAAAUGACUUGUUUAAAGGAGUUGAUCGUUUAUCUAUUUUGUGUCAGUGUUUCUAUUGCUUUUUAGUGUAUUUCCUUUGCACAAGUAUGAGAAAAAACUAUUUGUCUUGUACUUUUUUGAAAUGGUGAUUAAUCAGAGAAAGCAUGGCUGAAGUACUGAUUGUCUGAUAAUAUAUAUAUAUAUAAUAGAUGACUAUUUCUGUAUCAAACUAUGGAUUUUUAAAAUAUUAUUCAUAUUAAACACAACAAUUUCUGGA